AUAAUUUAACACCACAUCCAGAGGCGGGAAUAACGCCAAUCACAUCACCAUUUGAUUUUUUGAACAAUCCAACAAAUUUCCAAAAGUCAUCAAAUGAUACGAAAAUGAAGAUAACAAUACCAACAACAGCAAUAAUAGAAAGAUAAAAAGUGAUUCUCUCGUUUUCUUGCUUAAUUAUUGGGGACCCAAAUGAAAAAGAAAAGAAAAAAUUGGUUAUCAUUUUUUUCUUCUGACAGUCUUGAUUGGUUUUUCAACUCUCUACUGAUCUUGCGGCGUAGUUUCUGCUGAGAGAUGGUUUUGUGAUGGUAUAAACGAAGUCCCUUUGAAGGGCUUAACACCCUGGUUCUGCUUUAGUCAAUAAUAUACACAAGAUGGACCGGCGGAGUUGGCUGUGGCGGAGGAAGUCUUCGGAGAAGAGUCCCGGUGAGACCGAGAGCACGGGAUCCAUAUCUUCGCAUUCGGAAAGAUUCUCGGAUGAUCAGGCAUAUGCAACUCAAAGCACUCAAUCACCAGAAGUCAUGUCCAAAGCCGCACCAAAUGAUGAAUACAGUAAUGAAAGUGUAAAGACCUUAACGGAUAAGUUAUCCGCCGCUCUUCGUAGCAUUAGUGCCAAGGAGGACCUGGUAAAACAGCAUGCUAAAGUUGCAGAAGAAGCUGUCUCGGGCUGGGAGAAUGCAGAAAAUGAAGUGUUAAUUUUAAAACAGAAACUUGAGGCGGCUAACCAGAAGAAUUCCGUUCUUGAAGACCGGCUCGGUCAUCUUGACGGUGCACUGAAGGAAUGUGUCAGGCAGCUUCGUCAAGCGAGAGAAGAGCAGGAGCAGAAAAUCCACGAUGCUGUUGCAAAGAAAACUCAUGAAUGGGAAUCUUUGAAGUCUCUGCUUCAGAGUCAACUUCUUGAGCUUCAGGUGGAGCUGCAAAACGUUAAAACAGAAGCUGCUGCCCCAAUUGACUCUGAUCUUCAAGCAAAGCUCGAGGCUGCGGAAAAGCAGAACUCGGCCCUUAAACUGGAGCUCCUUUCUAAAGCUGAAGAGCUCGAAAUCAGGAUUAUUGAGAGGGACUUGAGCACUAAAGCUGCUGAAACAGCUAGCAAGCAGCAUCUAGAGAGUAUAAAAAAGGUGGCUAAGCUUGAAGCUGAGUGCCGCAGAUUAAAAGCCAUGGCUCGGAAAGUGUCCCAGGUUAACAAUCAAAAGUCCGGCUCUUCAUCCUCAGUUUAUGUAGAAUCUUUAACGGAUAGCCAGUCUGAUAGCGGGGAAAGGCUAUUAACAAUUGAAUCGGGUACGCUUAAAAUGGGUAGCUUGGAGUUAAAUGAAUGUGAGCCAAGCGACUCAGGUUCAUGUGCGUCUUCUUUAGUUACAGAACAUCAAUUUAGAAAUGAGAAGAUUAUUGGGAAAAAUCGAAUGGUCCCAUCAAUAGAAAUCAAUCUCAUGGAUGAUUUUCUGGAAAUGGAAAGGCUUGCUGCAUUGCCAGUUAGAGAUAUUGAAAGCGGUUUCACCGUGGCUGGAUCUGCAUCGCAUCAACCUAUUGGUGGGGAAAGCCGUUUUAAAACCAAACUUGAUGCCAUGAUUCAGAGGAUAGCAGAACUAGAAGAUAAGUUAGAGAAAAUCGAGAUGGAGAAAGUUGAACUUGAGGUGGCACUGAGUUUGUGCGAAAAACAUCUCGAGACAUCACAAAGUCAGCUUUUGGUAGCCGAAAAGAGAUUGAAAGAGCUACAAAAACAGUUGGUCCUUGCGAAUGAAUCGAAGAGAGCUGCAGAAGAAGAAGAAAGGGCCACUCGAACAAAACAAGAGCUGGCAGAGUCUCAACUUAGAGUUGUGGAAAAUGAGAUCAAUGCCUUGCUUUCAAAAAUUGGCUCAUUGGAAGAAGAGGUUCAGAAGGAGCGAGCUUUGUCCGCAGACAAUGUUGCCAGAUGCCAGAAAAUGGAGAAUGAGCUACUGAUAGUGAAACGUGAAGCGGAGAACAAGCAGGAGGCUGAGCUCGAGCGUAUACAAAGCGCUAAUGUCAAUUUGAAGAUUAAGCAGGAAAAAGAGCUAUCUUUGGCUGCUGAUAAAUUUGCAGAGUGCCAGAAAACAAUAGCAUCUCUUGGCCAACAGUUAAAAUCUCUUGCCAGUUUGGAAGAUGUCCUAUUAGACCCUGAGAAGCAACAGGAGAUUACUACUGGUGAGACCAAAAAUAGAAUUGAGCCACAGAAUUUGCACUCUAGUGGUUUAAGUUUGCCUAAACGAGAUUCUGAAUUUUCACAUCCUUUGAAACAUAGAAACAUCAGGAAGGCGCCAAUGACUACUAGAUCAAACGGCAUGGGGUAGAGUGAGGUGAGGCGGGGCUUAGGUUCGGAAGAGCUCGGGUUGAGUUUGUAUUGGCUUACCGAGAAAUAAAAAGAAAGAAAAAAAAGAUAAAGAAAGAGGAAUCAUCAUUGAGACUAAAAAGAGGCAAAAUGGUUUUGGAAAGUUUUUCCUUAGAAGUAAGAAUUAAAUUAAAAUAUGAAAAUCAGUGAGAAUCAAUAAAAAUAUGUUGUAGAAAGCAUUUAGGUGUAAAGGAAUUUCAUUGUAAAGUUCUACAUUCUUGUAAUUGUGGGAUUAAUGCAUGUAA